GCUCAAUGUUCGGGCGGGAUCAAUAUGAGGACAAUGUCCAUGUCCGGAUAGAUGGAUAUGGGCUUCACAGAUCCUUCGCCCUUUAAAAUGUCAGACUUGGUUGUCGCGUUUUCAGAUGAAUACGCCCUCUCCACGCUCAACUGGUCCCUCGACUCCAUACUUCGCAGGAAGUUCGCCUUAUACAAGUUAUCCAAACAACAUGGUCCUCCCGGGCGGGUUUGGUGCCACCCUCAUCGGGGGUUUGGUCUCUACUAUGUUAUAUGGAAUAACAACUUUCCAGAGUUAUGUGUACUACACACACUGUUCUGAGGAUGCCUCGACCAUAAAGUUUUUGGCUGCUGCCAUAUGGAUACUUGAUACCAUACAUGCUUCGUUCAUGUGUCAUAUGUUGUAUUACUAUCUGGUGAAACUGACGCAUCUACUCCUUGUAACCGACAUGCUCAAUUAUUGUACUCUGACGAGUUUAGAGUAUAUUGUGUGGUCACUCCCAGCAUCGGUUCUGGUAAAUUUACUUUUGAUUACUGUUGUUCAAUCCUUCUUCGCACAUAAAAUAUAUUACCUUUGUCGCCUUCAAGUGAAGUGGUUGGUGACUGCCCCAAUUAUACUAUCAAUACUGGUUCACUUUGGGUUUGAAAUGGCAAUGAUUGUUUCGAUGCACUCCUAUCAGUCCAGCCAUCUCCAUUGGCAUACUAAUCUUUCCUUAUAGGCUCACCAAGAACGAGACCCGCAUUGUUACGCAGAUUAAGGUCGUUUUGUUAACAGAGAUAUUGGUGUACCGGCUCGCGAGCCGUUACUCCUAGUCUUCCGCUGUAAUGCCCUUUGGGACCCUCGUCGUGCUCUCUGAGGGUUUGAUUAU